AGACAAAAAGUCUCUUUUCUUCACAGGGUUCUACUUACCAAGACCAAAGGCUUGGACAGACAGAGCUCUCCUCCCUUAGGAGUGGACAAUGCAUUGCCACUGUCUGGCUGAGGGCAUCCCCCCAGUUCCCAGCUCCUACUGGAUUUCAGGCCUGGCCUUCCCAGAUUGGGCCUACAAGGCAGAAUCCUCCCCAGGCUCCCGGCAGAUCCAGCUGUGGCAUUUCAUCUUGGAGCUGCUUCAGAAAGAGGAGUUCCGCCAUGUCAUUGCCUGGCAGCAGGGAGAGUAUGGGGAGUUUGUCAUCAAGGACCCAGAUGAAGUGGCCCGCCUCUGGGGCCGAAGAAAGUGCAAACCACAGAUGAACUAUGACAAGCUGAGCCGGGCCCUCAGGUAUUACUACAAUAAAAGAAUCCUGCAUAAGACCAAGGGUAAGAGGUUUACUUACAAGUUCAACUUCAGCAAACUCAUCAUUGUCAACUAUCCGCUCUGGGACAUGCGGCCCCCGCCCUCACCUCCUCUGCUGCUGGGUGCACCAGGCAUGUACGGCCCAGCCUUGGUGCCCAUCGGUAUGCAGAGUGAGCUCCUCCACACCGUUCUGUUCACCCAUCGGGCAAUUAUGGAACAGCUGGCUGGGCAGCGGAGUUCCCUAAGCCCCCUGGAGCCCACUGGGGAUAAGAAGGGAAGCAGCAGCGGUGACCAUCGUCUCGGCUCUCUCCAAGCUCCUUGCCUGUUGAGUCCCUGCUACCAUUUCCAGAAUCCCCGGAAUGAACUCCCUCCUCUUGCCUCUCUGCCUCCUUCCCUCUCUACUCCUCUUCCAAAUGAGUGGCCACGAUUCUCGAGGCCCUUCCUCCCCCUUACCCUCCCAGAGCACCAGUCCCCUGGGCCCUCUAAGACUGAUUCUCUGCUUGCUGGAGUGGGAUUCCCCACAGGUGGAAAGGUUUUCCCAGGGUUUCCCCUUCUGGCUGGGAUGGGGCCUAGGGCAGGAGAGAGGUUGAGAUUUCUGUCCCUGAGGCCUGAGGAAACCGAAGUAAAGCAGGAUUUAGAGGGAUGUCAAGGACCUGUAGCAGCUUUCCCGUCAGAGGUACAUAGACUGAAAACCAGGGAGGAAAAUCAUGCAUCCCCAUGUCUGGACACCUUUAAGGCUAUGUGGUCUUUGGAUCCUCCUUAACUGGACGGUGACUGAUGAAGCUUCUCCAGCCCCAUGAUUCUUCCCUGUCCCUCCUCCACUCACCUUCUUCCCGGGUUUACCUCACCCUGGCCCCAACCCCACACUGGCUCCAGGCACUGAACAUGGGCUUGACUGAAGUAGAAAGGAUUGAAGUUAGACCUAAAGAAGGAAAUGAAAUGGGGAUCCUAAGGUGGGAGGGCAGGGGUUUGAGGGUAACAGUGAGGGCCAUGAUUCCUCUCUUCAUCAAAUGGGAUGGGGCCACUGAGGUAGAAUAUCCCUGACCUUCAACCAAAGAUCUCAUCAGUUCAAGAGGCUAAGUUUAUUCCCUUCUUCCCACCAUCUCCACCUCUCAUCUCAAGGUCUAUGUGUGGGAGGAGGAGGGGGUAUGAGGAGGUUCCUCUAUUGGAAAGUACCCAGCUUUCCAUCAUUCUCUCAAAGGGUUAAUCAUAAGGUAAGGGAUUAAGUUGAGGAAGGAGGUGGGGGGGACCCUAUGCCCUGAAUGAGAAAAUAAAGUCAUUCAUGUUAAGUGUCAAGAGUGACUAAGGUCUCCCCACUUCCCCAACCCUAGCAUGUGUCUAUGUUUCUUAGCCCUUCAGUCUUCUCCCUUCCCAGUAAGUGCUGUGAUUCUGGGGUCUCUGGUUCUAAAUGGACGCAUUCCCUUCUACCCUCAGACCUCUCCCAAGUUCUGUC